ACUUGGUUGCAGAAUCAAAAUCGGUCAAUCUGUCUACCAUGCACGGCAUGAACUGCACACUACACUGACGGGACAAGCAGCCUUUUUGGUGCAUGGUUGCAAGACACACCAAGUGCCAGCCGUGCAAAAUUAAAGGGAAAUAUGGACUCUUUCAAGAAAGGUUGGUUCAGCGAAAUUGGUGACAUGUGGCCCGGCAUGGUGCAGUCGAUAGAGGUGGACUCGUUGCUGCACGAGACCACUUCAGACUUUCAGCAAGUCCAAGUGCUUCAAACAAAGCACCACGGACGCAUGCUAGUCCUGGACGGGGUGAUCCAGUGCACCGAGUUUGACGAGUUUUCAUAUCAGGAGAUGAUCUCGUUCCUGCCGCUGUGCAGCCACCCCAGGCCGGAGAAAGUGUUGAUCAUUGGCGGAGGCGACGGUGGGGUGGCUCGAGAGGUGGUCAAACACCCUGCUGUGAGGGAAGUGGUGCAAUGCGAAAUCGACGCUGAGGUGGUCAAUGCUGCCAAGAAGUAUCUGCCCACAAUGAGCAGUGGCUUCAGCCACCCAAAGCUGUCCCUCCACAUAGGCGACGGAUUCGCCUUCAUGGGCCAGCACCAGGGCGAAUUCGACGUUAUUAUCACGGAUUCGUCUGACCCUGAUGGCCCUGCUGAGGCGCUUUUUGGCGAAAACUAUUUUAAACUAAUGAAGUCUGCACUUCGUGCCGGCGGCAUUGUCUGCUCUCAAGGAGAAACAGUUUGGACCUCUCUGGAUUUAGUUUAUAAUAUGGUCAACCACUGCAGUAAACACUUUCCAAACGUUUCCUACGCCUUCACCAGCGUGCCUACCUACCCCACUGGACAAAUCGGAUUUGUUCUCGGAUCCCUAGACCAAGAUGUUAACUUCACUAUACCUGCCACGGUUUUUACUGACGAAGAAAAAGAUAAAUUUGAGCUCAAGUACUAUAAUGAGAAUGUUCAUCGAGCUGCCUUUGCACUUCCUACAUUCGUUCAGAAACGGUUAUCCUCUUUGCUCCGGAAGAAGUGAGAGGGAUCAAGACAGAUAACUCCGCAUACUUAAGAGAUGGACCAUUUAUUAAACAAUAUAUUUUGGAAAUCAUAGAUGAAUCUUUUUCAUAUGAUUGCAACUUUUUUUGUUGCUUUUAUUUUGAUGAAAUAAAUUUUAAAGCAGCUGCAAAACUGUCCUGUUAAAAACAAAUCUUUUUUAAUUUCUGAUUCCUUGACAUGAUAUAUAAUUUUCAUAAUUUUUAAAAAGGGUUCAGUAACAAUAAAACAAGCGCUUCAACAUUUCAUCACUUUCUUCCAUCCUUUUAAUUACAUGGGCGCUUUCAGUUCCACCACUUCUAUAUUUAUGAAUUGUUUAAUUGUACAAUAUAUCAACAAAGAAACAGUCGACCUACUUGGAAUUCAAGUACCAACAAAAGUUUAGACAGAAAAAAAUUGUGGUUCUGCAGAGUAAUUAGUUUUGUCCCGGGUGGGCUUUCAUUGAAUUUCAACACUUUAAGUGCAGCAGCUUUCAAAUUAGAUUUCUGUCGGCCAAGAGCUCCUUUGUUUUUUGGGGGGCUGCACAAACGGAGCUUUGGCGAAGAGAGAAUCCAUUUUGUCUUAAAUAAAUCUGAAGAUGAUUUUGAGACUACAAAACUGAAGUUUGGGAGUUCACGUUUAUGAGGUCUGCUCAGCAAGCUU